AUGGAUCGCGGCCGCUCUCGCUCCCCGUCUCAUAUAAGGCACCCGUCCGCCAGUCCUGCCGGCCACCCACCGUUCGGUACGUCUGGUCUCGGCCUCGAUCAAUCGCUCUCGCAAGACCCGGGCUCCAGCUUCCACCAGGUCACCACUGCGGGGCAGCCCUACGACCAGUCGCAGUACCUCACCACCACGCAGCCGCAGCAGUUCGCGCACCCCGCCGCCCUCGACCAGAGCUUCCUGCAGACCAAUAACUCCUCCCACCACGGCACCCCGAGCCCGCACUUCGGGCCCCAAGGCAACAGCAUCGCGCCCGACCCGCUCAACAUCAACAGCAGCAGCAACAGCAGCAACAUCGACUUCAGCCUCUUCCCCGACGCCAACGCCCACUCGCUCAAUCAGAACCAAGCCAUUGACCCCUCCUUCCUCAGCAACUCGCUCGACCCGCAGCUGCUCGACUCGACUCAGCCGCAGAAUCAGUCCGUCAACCCCUCCGAUCUGAUGAACCAGAUGGCCACCACGCAGGCGCACUCACCCACGCCACCUCACCUGCUGCCCGGCAUGAACCAGCGCAGUCCCAGCCCGCACGCAUCGCCGAACAUCAACCAGGGCGCAUUCUCCUCGCCAGGGCACUCUCGUCAUGCCUCGCUAGACCCCAGCGCGGCAUACGGACAAGCGAACGAGUGGGGCAACAUGGCAGCUUUCAGAGGACACCGACGAACACCUUCAGAGACCUACAGCGAUGUUUCGUCGGCACACGCGUCGCCGUAUCUGGGCAACCAGGACAGCUUCGACGAGGGAAACCCAUCGCCGCUGCUCAACGCUCAGAAUGACCCCUCCCUGUUCCAGGAGGUCAUGCAGUUCGGCCAGUUCAACCUCAACGAUGCUCAAUCGCACAUCAGUCCCGGCCACAGCCCUCACAUCUCUCCGCGACUGAUGCCGCAGCAGCAAGCACUCCCGCAGUUCCAGCCCGGCACCUUUGGCUUGGACCCCAAUCUGCAGAAUCAAUAUGCACAACAAAGCAUGGGCGCAUACCAGGGACAGGAGCCAUUCCCGUCGAUUAAUCAAGUUGGUCCCGUGCCUGAAUUUGGCCAGGCCGACACCAUGUCACCGCCGGAGAUCAACAUUGAUUUCGCGCCACCCUCGCGGCAAGCGAGCUUUGAGCCUCCAAAGCCGGAGCUGCAGACCGAUGCGCUUAGCCCGCCCGACAGAUCACGCAGCCGCAACCGAAUACGCGCCAAAUCGGACCCGUUCAGCAGUGCUAGCUCCCGUGCCUCAACUCCUGGCCUUGAUCCGCUCGAAGCAAAUAGGUCACUGUCGCCCGGUGCCGCCAAGGGCUCCCGCUCACCGUCACCUGGUUCUACGAAAUCCUCACGUCGCUCCUCCACCUCUAGUGUGCCUCACCGUGAUUACAUUCUUGAUCUCGCCGAUCCAUCCCGACCAACUUCGAAUGCGCCCGACGGCUCGAGUGCGAAACGGACACAGAAACACCCUGCAACCUUCCAAUGCAACCUUUGCCCCAAGCGUUUCACACGUGCCUACAACCUCCGAUCACAUUUGCGCACUCACACUGAUGAGCGUCCUUUUGUCUGCAGCGUUUGCGGCAAGGCUUUUGCUCGCCAACACGAUCGUAAGCGACACGAGGGUCUGCACUCGGGAGAGAAGAAAUUCAUUUGCCGUGGUAAUUUGAAGGACGGUAACAAUUGGGGAUGCGGUCGACGCUUCGCUCGUGCGGACGCUCUUGGCCGACAUUUCCGCUCAGAAGCCGGUCGCGUAUGCAUACGUCCACUCCUCGAAGAAGAAGCCCAGGAAAAGGGCCACUGGGACGGCCAAAAUCAGGCCAUGGAUAACUCCAACGGCAUGUUCGCGCCCAUGCCCCACCAAGGCUACCCAGGCAUGAUGGCCCCACAGCCCGGCUACGAAGCUUUUCCCCCUGUUAGCGGCGGCCUAGAGCCCGGCCCCGUCCCGCAAUAUGGUCUUCCCGCCGCGCUUCUUGCACAGUAUCCUGCGCUUGCAGGUCUAAACUGGAAUGAACUGUCUGCUGGGGCGCCAGAGGAUGUUGACGAUGUUAGUGGCAGGAGUAGCUUUGAUGCUAGCAGUGGAGGUGAGAUGUUUGACGACGACGGAGAGUCGUAUCCUGCGCAGCAGUAUGGCUGGGCGAGCGACUAUGAGGCUAACGCGAGGUAA